GUAAGGUUUAGUAACAAAUCUGCAGUAGUGGUAGAUCAUGAUGAAGCUACUUCUUUCUCUGACUCUCAUCUGGGCUCUGUCCAGCACAACUGCAGCUCUUGUGUGUCAGACUUGCACUGAUGAUUCAUGUACAAGCACCGUGCCACUAACAUGUUCCACGGAGACAAUGUGUUUAACUGCCGCCAUUGAAGCCGUUUCAUCUGGAACUCCUGGACAACAAAUCUUCAAGGCGUGUGCGUCGUCCUCCCUUUGUCCAGCCACAGGAUCUCAGAUAUUUUCAGUCAACUUGGGUAUUUCGAGUGCACUUGCAUCUACUACAUGCUGCAACACAGAUAACUGCAACUCAGCCACUCUAUCAUUCCCCACCACUCCAUCAGUCAACAGCCUCCAGUGUUAUUCAUGUGACCCUGCCACAUCACAAUGCACCACUUCAGUACAGUGUACGGGAACACAAGAUCGCUGCUUUCAAGCAAGUGUGACAAAUGGGGCCUCCACUUCUCCUGCCUUUGGUUGUGCAUCUACAAACAUGUGUGCAGCUGCUGGUAGCUUGGGGACACUACCGUUCAUGCAAAAUGUUGGCAGCAUUAGCAGUGGACCAACUUGUUGUGAGACAAAUCUAUGUAACACUCUCACAACAACUGCUGCCCCAACUACAACUGCUGCUCCAACUACAACUGCUGCCCCAACUACAACUGCUUCUCCAACAACUGCUUCACCAACUUCAUCUGCUGCUGCAACUACAACGACAUCAUCACCAACUUCAACUGCUUCACCAACUUCAACUGCUGCCCCAACAACUGUUUCCGCAACUACAACUGCUUCACCAACUUGCUACCCCAACUGCAACAGGUGCACCACCUACAGCAACCCCUGCCCCAACAGUCCUCUCAACCAUAGCAACCUCGGCUCCACCAACAGUGACAUCCAACUUAGCGACACAAACCAACCCAACUACAACUACAACUACCUCCAGUUCUGCUUGUUGUAUCAGACUGGGUUCCUGUCUGCCCCGCCCCCGUCCUCGUCUGCGUGCACCUGA